AUGAACACGCUGCAGCACGCGCUGCUCUACUACCGCGCGCAGCAGGAGCUGGUCUGCGAGGUCCUUGCCAAGAGCUCGUGGGUGGCGCCCGCGCACAAGCACGCCAAGGAGGGCACUGACAUCGUCGCGCUUGCUCUCGCCGCCUUCAUGCGGUACGCCGCCGGCACCGACGCGAGCGGGGAGCCGCUCGAGCUGGUCGACCCGCUGACUGACGCGUUGCGGCCGAUCGCGGCGACGCGCGCCUUCGUGGAGACCAUCUUUGGGGCGGAGGUUGCGGGCUGGGAGGCGUUCGUCUCCAACGUCUUUGAGCACGCCGACCGCAGCCACCGCUCGACGGUGCGAGGGAUCGUCCGCGCGGAGAAGGAGGAGUGUGAGGCGCGGCUCAAGGAGCUCUGCAAGACCGACGAGCUGCUCACCUCCCGCUCCGAGAAGGCAGCUGCCGCCACCUCCUCCGCCGAGGCGCCGGCAUCCGCCAACUAG